CAUUUGAAAGGGCCCUCCCAUAUUUGGUCGUGGCUUCCUGUGACUCCCACCGCCUCAUGAUGGCGUGUCUGCUGCGCGUGCUGCAGCGGCAGUCGGCGUUUGGCGCCUCGUGCAGUGAACGGGACUCGGUGUUCAGGUUGGCGAGCUGGGCCGUCCGGAACCACAGCACCCAGGCAGCUCCUCACUUCCCCGGCAUGGAGUACCAGGACGCCAUCUGGACCCUGAACACGCUGCAGAGCAACGCCAGCGUCCUGCAGCAGACCCGCAGCGGGCAGAGAGACCCCCAGCAGCAGCUGCUGGCCAUGCCGGGCUUCCUGGAGCGGGCCGGGCUCACGGUGGAGCAGCUGGAUCACCUCAACAUCAUCCACGUCACGGGGACCAAGGGCAAGGGAUCCACCUGCGCGUUUACGGAGCGGAUCCUCAGAGCCUACGGCUUCCGGACCGGGUUCUACAGCUCGCCCCACCUGGUCCAGGUGAGGGAGAGGAUCCGCAUCGACGGCCGGCCAAUCAGCAGCGAGCUUUUCACCAAAUACUUCUGGCAGGUCUACGGACGGCUGGAUGAGACCAAGGAGGCUCACGGAGGGACGAUGCCGGCGUACUUCCGGUUCCUCACAAUCUUGGCGUUCCACGUUUUCCUCCAGGAGAAGGUGGACUUGGCCAUCAUCGAAGUCGGGAUCGGAGGAGCGUACGACUGCACCAACGUUGUCAGGAGGCCGUGGGUCUGUGGCAUCGCCUCUCUAGGAAUCGACCACACCCAGAUUUUGGGCGACACCAUCGAGAAGAUCGCCUGGCAGAAAGCGGGAAUCCUCAAGCCGGGCGUUCCCGCAUUCACGGUCCGGCAGCCGCAGGAAGCCAUGGCGGUUCUGAGGGACCGGGCCAGAGAGAUUCAGUGUCGGCUGCGGGUCUGUCCGGACCUUGACCGGUACCAGACGGAGUCCGGAGCGCUGCAGCUGGGCCUGGCGGGUCAGCACCAGCGCUCCAACGCGUCGCUGGCCCUGCAGCUCUGCCACACCUGGCUGCAGAGGAGGUGUGGCCCAGAUUCAAGCCCCGCCCUCCCUGAUCCGGACAGCAGCUCCGUAUUGCAGGCCGACUCCUUUCGGCCCGGCGCCACCAUGGUGAAAGGUCUGGCGGACACGCAUUGGGCCGGCCGGAACCAGACGCUACGGCGCGGCGCGCUGACCUACUUCCUGGACGGAGCCCACACCCACCGCAGCAUGCAGGCCUGCAUCCAGUGGUUCCAGGAGGCCGCCGCCCAGUCCCAGAGCGGCGCCAGGGGAGCCGUUGUCCGGGUUCUGCUGUUCAACUCCACCGGCCAGAGGGACAGUGCCGCCAUGCUGAAGCUGCUGCUGCCGUGUCACUUCGACUUGGCCGUGUUCUGCCCCAACAUCGCCGAAACCGUCGCCACCGGCAACGCAGACCAGCAGAACUUCAAUGUCACAGUGGAGGCCAUGCUGACCUGUUGCCUGGACAACGAGCGGAGCUGGCGUCUCCUUAGCGACGGCGGGGACGCGGCGCCACCGCUGAUCCGGGACAGCCCGGCGCCGCUCGCAGAGAGGAAGGCGGACUCUCUGGUGUUCCCCUGUAUCCUCAGCGCCCUCCGCUGGAUCACCCAGGGAAGAGACCCGGUUCUGACUGAGCCGGCCCAGACGGCGCCGCCCGUCACACCCAGCAUGGCCACCAAGGCGGCGCUGCUUCAGGACGCCGCACACGUCCACAUCCUGGUGACCGGCAGCCUGCACCUGGUGGGCGGCGUCCUCAAACACCUGGACCCAGAGGACGGGUAGACUGGGACGGGUCGGUGCUGCUUUACUUCCAGGCUUGGUGAAACUGGACCUUCCAGGUGGAUUACCAGGUUCUGUCCCGGUUCUGAAGCUCCUCUCUCACCAGACCGGUCGUCUUGUUGUUUUGGACUUUCUUUACUUUCCAGGUGGUUCUGAUCACUGAUUGACUGCUGGGUGCCAUCGGGUCACAGCGGUCCAAACCCAGCCUGGUCUGCGUCUAAACCCAACAGAACCGAACCAACCGUGACCCAGCUGACCUUCAGAACCAGAACCCGUUGAGGAGCUCCAGCAGGGUCCUUUCAGUGUGAGAGCCCGGUUCUGAUCGGACCGGGCCUCGGGUUUCUGAGUCUCACUUGAAGCUGAACUUGUUUACAUGAACCACUGGUCUCUGCUGGACCGGCCGGCGCUGCAGAACCGGACCCAGCAGAACCAGAACCUCUGCCUUCAUGAUGCCAGUCUCUGUGUUUCUGUCUCUUUUACUUUGUUUCGGUUCUGUGGGAAAGAUUUCAACACUACUGAGGAUGGUUGUGGUUCUGAUCCGGUUCAGAUCAGAUUUAAAUGAGCCUUAAUUUAAAUGAUUGUACUGACACCUGCAGGCGGUGAGAGGUACUGCAGGCGGAAGCAUCAGGAUAAAUGAAUAUUCAUUCAGUUUUUAUCUGAAUCUGAUUCAAUCGACGGUAUUGAUGUAUUAAUUCCAUGAAUUUCUCUCCAAACCUUUGGGAGUCAGACUACAAUGAAGAUGUCAGAAAAUGUUUAAAUUAUGGAUUUAUUUGAUGAUGAUGGUGCCAAUAAAAAUAAUUAAAAUUAA